AUGAAGGCUGCCAUUUUUAAACAGAAGACUCAACUUCAGUGGUUCAGGGAAGGAGAUGCCAAUACAAAAUAUUUUCAUUCUCUUAUGAGAGGAAGAAGGAGAAAGUUAUUCAUCCACCAGAUCAGUAAUGAAAGUGGGGAAUGGAUACAAGGAGAUGUUAAUAUUGCUAGAGCUACCUGUGCACACUUCCAAAAUAUUUUUACAGGCCACCAGGAUAACAUCAAUGAGGAGAUCCUUCAAUGCAUACCUAGACUGAUCACUGAUGAACAAAAUAAAGCUCUAAAGGCUAAUCCUGCUAUUGAACAAGUGAAGCAGGUGGUUUUUCCCUUGAAUCCUAAUUCAGCAGCAGGACCAGAUGGUAUGAAUGGAAAUUUUUUCCAGGUGUGUUGGGACAUCAUCAAAGAGGACCUCUACAGAGCAGUGCUAGCCUUCUUCUGUGGUCACAAUAUGCCUAAAUACAUGACUCAUGCCUGUUUGGUUCUUCUUCCAAAGGUUGAUCACCCCAACAAACUGUCUGAAUUCAGGCCUAUAAGCUUGAGCAAUUUCUCAAAUAAGAUCAUUUCCAAGCUCCUUAGUAUCAGAAUAUCACCUAUCUUGUCAAACCUUUUUUUAGAAAAUCAGAGUGGUUUUGUAAGAGGUAGAAGCAUUUCUGAGAACAUUAUGCUGGCUCAGGAGAUCAUUCAGGGCAUCAAGAAGCCCAAGGAGGGGGAUAAUGUAGUGAUUAAGCAAGACAUGGCCAAGGCGUAUGACAGAGUGUCCUGGGCUUACACUUGCUUGGUCAUGAGGAAAAUGGGUUUAGUGUCUGACCAGCUUAUUAAUCGAGACAAGAGCCACUUCAUGCUCCAUGUUGACUCUCCUCAAGGCAUUGCGGAAAUGAUUAAAGAGGAAGCUGGUUUUACACAGAAGGACAACCCAAUUAACUACCUAGGAUGUCCUCUAUUAACUCUAGUGAAACAUGUCCUCCACUCCAUUCCCUUUCACACCAUGGCUGCUAUUUCCCCUCCUAAAACCACCUUUCACUAUAUCAAAAGGCUUACUGCUGAUUUCUUCAGGGGAAGAGAAAAAGAUAAGAAAAAGUACCACUGGGCUUCCUGGGAAAAUAUCACUUUUCCUUAUGAUGAAGGGGGUCUGGGGAGAGCUAAUCCUGUUGCUAAGAAGUGGGAUACGGGUCAAUCACUGGUCUGGAAAUACAUCAGCAAUAAUAAAUCUCAGGUUGAAGAACAUAUCAUAUGCAAGAUUAUUUCUGUUCCAAAAGGUGUUGCAGACCAACCUAUCUGGAAACUUACUGAUAAUGGGAAAUUCACGUGUGCUUCUGCAUGGGAGAAUAUCAUAACCAAAAGACCCAAAAAUAAGCUGUACAGUUAUAUAUGGAACAGACACAUUCCCUUCAAGGUUUCAUUUUUAUUAUGGAGAGCAUUGAGAAGGAAAUUGCCUACUAAUGACAAAACAACUACAUUUGGAGUUCCCCCUGUUAAGUGUUCCUGUUGUAUCAAGGCUGGCUGGGAUACGAUUGAUCACAUAUUUGUGACGGGACACUUUGCUAUUCACAUUUGGCAAUAUCAUUCAGCUAUUUUGGGAGUUAGGCAUGACAAGAUCCCUUUGAAUAAUCUGGUCACGAGAUGGUGGACCAUGGAGCAUACAAAUGAAGUCCAAAAACUCCUAUAUCAUACAAUGCCUAUUAUCAUCAGCUGGAACCUUUGGAAGAACAGUUGCUCAGCUAAAUAUGUAGGGAAACAAUCGAGCAGUGCAAGAACCAAGUUCAUGAUCAUCAAAGACACUUCACUGCUUCUCAAUACUGUUUUUCCUUAUCUGCAAUGA